CACUCUCUGUCUCUCUCACUCACUCACUCACUCACUCACUCUGUUUCCCUCCCUUCGCGAGCAUCAGAUGCGUCCCCCACCCCUCCUUUUCUCUCUCUCUCGCUCUCUCCCUCCCUCUCUCAUUACAACACACACACACACACACACACACACACACGCGCACGCGCUCACACCUCAGACGCAGCCUGCGCGGGUUACCGGGAGCCGGGGCUGGAGAGCGGAUCAGCUCCGCAGACCGCCGUGGGAGGAGCAGGCAGCGUUUCUGCUGCUGCUAGCGCUACCGCUACCGCUACCGCCGCCGCCGCCGCCACAGCCACCGCCGCUGCCGUUAGCGUUCCUCAGCGCGGCGACCGGCAGCUCGCGUCUGCCCUUGGCGCAAAGUCACCCGCCGGGGAUCCCGCCGACCGAGGGAGAGAGAGAGAGAGAGAGAGGGAGAGACCCGGUUCUUUUUUUUCCCCCCGCAUUCUCGCGCGUGGCGGCUCCUGCCAGACCCGCUGAAACAUGGCUCACGCGGCGGCGCACCUUAAGAAAGCCCGGGGGGAGAUGGAGCAGGCGGCGGCGCCCGACCUCAAGGCGCUGGAGAAGGCGCGGGAGAGGAGGAGGCGCUCCCGCGAACGGGCCGAACGCAAACGCAAGUCUGACAGCAACACCAGCUUCCUGCGAGCGGCUCGGGCGGGGAACAUUGACAAGGUGCUGGAGUACCUGAAAGGGGGCGUGGACAUCAGCACCUGCAACCAGAAUGGGCUGAAUGCAUUGCACCUGGCAGCCAAGGAGGGCCACGUGGAGCUGGUGCAGGAGCUCCUGGACCGGGGCUCCUCCGUGGACUCGGCCACUAAGAAAGGGAAUACUGCCCUCCACAUCGCCUCCCUGGCAGGACAAGGGGAAGUUGUCAAAAUCCUGGUGAAGCGGGGAGCAGAUAUUAACUCACAAUCCCAGAAUGGCUUCACUCCACUGUACAUGGCUGCCCAGGAGAACCACCUGGAUGUGGUGCGUUACCUACUGGAGAAUGGGGGGAACCAGAGCACGGCCACAGAGGACGGCUUCACUCCUCUGGCCAUCGCCCUGCAGCAGGGCCAUAACCAGGUGGUGUCCAUCCUGCUGGAGAACGACACCAAGGGCAAGGUGAGGCUGCCCGCCCUGCACAUCGCCGCCCGCAAGGACGACACCAAGUCCGCCGCGCUGCUGCUGCAGAACGACCACAACGCCGACGUCCAGUCCAAGAUGAUGGUCAAUAGGACGACUGAGAGCGGAUUUACCCCGCUGCACAUCGCUGCCCACUACGGCAACGUCAACGUGGCCACACUGCUGCUGAACCGGGGGGCGGCUGUGGACUUCACAGCCAGGAACGGGAUCACUCCUCUGCACGUGGCCUCCAAGCGCGGAAACACCAACAUGGUGCGCCUCCUUCUUGACCGAGGGGCGCAGAUCGAUGCCAAAACUCGGGACGGUCUGACACCACUGCACUGUGCAGCGAGGAGUGGGCAUGACCCGGCUGUGGAGCUUCUGCUGGAGAGAGGGGCGCCCAUGCUGGCCAGAACCAAGAAUGGUCUAUCUCCACUACACAUGGCUGCCCAGGGUGACCACGUUGAGUGUGUCAAGCAUCUGCUGCAGCACAAGGCGCCUGUUGAUGAUGUCACCCUGGACUACCUGACUGCCCUGCAUGUGGCAGCCCACUGUGGCCAUUACAGAGUCACCAAACUGUUACUGGACAAGAGGGCCAACCCCAAUGCUCGUGCUCUGAACGGGUUCACCCCCCUGCACAUUGCCUGCAAGAAGAACAGAGUGAAGGUGAUGGAGCUGCUGGUGAAGUACGGAGCUUCCAUCCAGGCCAUUACAGAGUCCGGCCUCACCCCCAUACACGUGGCAGCCUUCAUGGGCCACCUCAACAUCGUCCUGCUGCUGCUGCAGAACGGAGCCUCGCCCGACGUCAGCAACAUCCGUGGGGAGACGGCGCUACACAUGGCGGCGCGGGCUGGACAGGUGGAAGUGGUGCGAUGCCUCCUGAGAAACGGUGCUCUGGUGGACGCACGAGCCAGGGAGGAUCAGACCCCUCUGCACAUUGCCUCUCGUUUGGGGAAAACGGAGAUUGUGCAGCUGCUACUCCAGCACAUGGCCCACCCUGACGCCUCCACCACCAACGGGUACACGCCCCUCCACAUCUCCGCCCGCGAGGGGCAGGUGGACGUGGCCUCCAUCCUGCUGGAGGCUGGGGCCUCCCACUCCCUUGCCACGAAGAAGGGAUUUACGCCCCUACAUGUAGCUGCAAAGUACGGAAGCCUGGAUGUGGCAAAACUCCUCCUGCAGCGCCGUGCCUCUCCGGACUCUGCUGGCAAGAAUGGCCUCACGCCUCUCCAUGUUGCCGCUCAUUACGAUAACCAGAAGGUGGCGCUGCUGCUUUUGGACAAAGGGGCGUCUCCCCACGCCAUGGCCAAGAAUGGCUACACCCCGCUCCACAUUGCUGCCAAGAAGAACCAGAUGGACAUAGCCACCACCCUGCUGCAGUACGGCGCGGAGACCAACAUCCUGACCAGGCAGGGCGUCACCCCGCUGCACCUGGCCUCGCAGGAGGGCCACGGCGACAUGGCGGCUCUGCUGCUGCAGAAGGGCGCCCAGGUCAACCUGGCCACCAAGAGUGGACUGACCUCCCUUCACCUUGCUGCUCAGGAAGACAAGGUCAAUGUGGCUGAGAUACUGUCCAAGAAUGGUGCAACCCUCGACCAACAGACCAAGCUGGGCUACACUCCCCUGAUUGUAGCUUGUCACUAUGGAAACGUCAAGAUGGUGAACUUCCUGCUGCAGCAUGGAGCUAGUGUCAAUGCAAAAACCAAGAAUGGCUACACCCCUCUGCACCAGGCAGCCCAGCAGGGAAACACUCACAUCAUCAAUGUGCUUCUGCAGUCUGGAGCCAAACCCAACGCCAUCACUGUGAAUGGAAACACAGCUCUGGCUAUCGCCCGGCGACUGGGCUACAUCUCAGUGGUGGACACGCUCAAGGUCGUCACUGAGGAGAUCAUCACCACGACAACCACGGUGACGGAGAAACAUAAGCUCAAUGUGCCGGAGACCAUGACCGAAGUCUUGGACGUUUCGGACGAGGAAGUUCUCAGACCAACUGAUGAUGAUCUGCUCGCAGAUGACUUGAUGGAUGUGGAAGGCAGCCAGUAUACUCUUGGCACCAGAACUUCACUAUCUAACUACAGCGACGACACCAUGACGGGGGAUGGGGGUGAGUACCUGAGGCCGGAGGACCUGAAGGAGCUGGGUGAUGACUCCCUGCCCGGACAGUACCUGGACGGGAUGAACUACCUGCGUUUCAGCCUGGAGGGGGGCCGGUCUGACAGUUCUGACAGGUCCCACACUCCCACCCACCGUGGGUACUACUCCCCGAAGGAGGGCGCCAUGCUGGAGGAGAUGAUCUCCAGCCACCACAUGACAGCUCUUUCCAGGGAAAAUGAGAAGGAUUCAUACCGCAUGAGCUGGGGAGCUGAAAACCUGGACAAUGUGGCCCUAUCCUGCAGCCCCUUACACUCUGGCCGUUCCUCUCCGUGCCAUGAUCAUGACAACAGCAGCUUCCUGGUCAGCUUCAUGGUGGACGCGAGGGGCGGGGCCAUGCGAGGGUGCCGCCACAAUGGCCUGCGCAUCAUCAUCCCCCCGCGCAAGUGUAGCGCCCCCACCCGCGUCACCUGCCGCCUGGUGAAACGCCACCGCCUGGCCACCAUGCCCCCCAUGGUGGAGGGGGAGGGGCUGGCCAGCAGGCUCAUCGAGGUGGGGCCGUCUGGAGCGCAGUUCCUCGGUAAACUGCACCUCCCCACUGCUCCGCCCCCUCUUAACGAGGGCGAAAGUUUGGUUAGCCGAAUCCUUCAGCUGGGGCCUCCUGGGACAAAAUUCCUUGGGCCCGUGAUCGUGGAGAUCCCUCACUUCGCUGCUCUGCGAGGGAAGGAGAGGGAGCUGGUAAUCCUCCGGAGCGAAUGUGGGGAGAGCUGGAAGGAGCACCACUGUGAGCACACAGAAGAGGAGCUCAACGAGAUACUCAAUGGCAUGGACGAGGAACUGGACCCUCCAGAGGAGCUGGAGAAGAAGCGCAUCUGCCGCAUCAUCACCCGAGACUUCCCACAGUACUUUGCGGUGGUGUCUCGGGUCAAGCAGGACAGCAACCUGAUUGGACCAGAGGGCGGGGUGCUGAGCAGCACUGUUGUUCCGCAGGUCCAGGCAGUCUUCCCAGAAGGCGCGCUCACCAAGAGGAUCCGGGUGGGCCUGCAGGCCCAGCCAAUGAACGUUGACUUGGUGAGGAAAAUCCUGGGAAACAAAGCAACGUUCAGUCCAAUCGUCACCCUGGAGCCCAGGAGGAGGAAAUUUCACAAACCCAUCACCAUGACGAUCCCUGUACCUAAGAACUCAGCGGACGCGGCAGUCAACGGCUUUGGCGGAGACACGCCCACUCUGCGCUUGCUGUGUAGCAUCACCGGCGGAACUACACCGGCUCAGUGGGAGGACAUUACAGGAACCACGCCCCUUACGUUCAUCAAUGACUGUGUGUCCUUUACCACAAAUGUUUCUGCAAGGUUCUGGCUCAUAGACUGUCGGCAGAUCCAGGAGUCCGUCAACUUCUCCACACAAGUUUAUCGGGAGAUCAUAUGUGUCCCCUAUAUGGCCAAAUUUGUCAUAUUUGCCAAAACGCACGACCCCAUCGAGGCCCGGCUGCGGUGCUUUUGCAUGACGGACGAUAAGAUGGACAAGACCUUGGAGCAGCAGGAGAACUUCACUGAGGUGGCCCGCAGCCGUGAUGUGGAGGUCCUGGAGGGGAAGCCCAUUUACGCAGACUGCUUCGGGAACCUGGUGCCUCUGACCAAAAGUGGACAGCACCACCUCUUCAGUUUCUUUGCUUUCAAGGAGAACAGACUUGCCCUCUUCAUUAAAGUUCGAGACAACACCCAGGAGCCUUGUGGCCGCUUGUCCUUCAUGAAGGAGCCUAGGUCCUACAGAACCCUUGCCCAAAAUGCCAUCUGUAACCUGAAUAUCACACUACCUUCAUACUCAAAGGACUCCGAUUCAGAUCAAGAGCCUGAUGAUGAGACCAGCAGGACACAUGACAAAUAUGAUGAAGAGACUGAAUCAACAGAAACGUCCGUCCUGAAAACACACUUGAUUAGAGACUCCCCUGCCCUCGCUAGUCCGGACUUGCUCUCGGAGGUCUCAGAGAUGAAACAAGACCUGAUAAAAAUGACAGCCAUCCUUACUACCGACUCCACAGAGAAAUCAAGCCCGGUUGAAGGGGGUGGACUUGAGAAAGGGGUGGAGGAGGAGCCAGGGGAGCCUUUUGAAAUAGUGGAGAAGGUGAAAGAGGAUUUGGAGAAAGUCAGCAAGAUACUGCGUAGCGGAACAUGCACAGUUAUGGCUGAGACAGAGUCAAAAGAAACAGGGGAAACAUUAAGCCAGUCUGUCAAGAAGGAAGAAGAGUGGGUUCUUCUCACUGACCAUGAAAUUGAAGAGGCCAAAAUGAUGGCUUUGCUUGAUGUUCAGGAACCCUUGUUGCAAGAAGUUAAAAUUGACAGAGGAACUUCCCAGCCAAAGAUGGUGAAGGACAUGUCUGGCAUGGUCACACACCUGAGUACAGACCUGAAGGAAUACCUCCUAGAUGUGCCGGAGGCUGCUGGUCAUGCCACACAGGAAGAUAUAGUCAAAGAGACAUUCAGUGAGGUCAUUGUAAGCAGGGAUGGGAAAAAAGUUUUGUCGCAAGAUGCUAAAGAGCUCCCCGGUGAAAUCAGAAAGCCAGCUAGGCGGAAGCUGAAGGACAGGAAACAGGCAGGCGAAGCAGACCUGCACAGAACAAGCUCAGAGGAGUCACUAGAUGGGGAUGUCCUCCUGAGCGCUCCUGCAACUGAAGCCCAGGCACCAGUGUCACCAGUAGUGGAGGAGACUCCCAUUGGGUCUAUAAAAGACAAAGUAAAAGCCCUCCAACAGAAAGUGGAAGAGGAGGAGAAGGGGCGGAACAAAAAAGCUGCUAGUAAGCCCUCCCAUGUGAGCAUUGAGAGCAAGUCAUCUCGCCCUGUGAAAGAAAGUCCUAAAGUUCAGUCAGCCUCUCCUAAGUCACCCAAAUCUGAUUCUGAGAGGCUGGAAGAGACUAUGUCUGUGCGAGAACUUAUGAAAGCCUUCCAGACAGGGCAGGACCCUUCAAAGAGAAAGUCAGGUCUUUUCGAGCACAAGGCCUCCACAUCUAAAACUGAGACCACACUUACACGCACAACUAAAUCCCAUUCUGUCCAUUCCAAAACAAUCACACAAACCAUGACAACUUUAUGUGUUCAGACACAGGAAAUGUCCUUGGAUGCACAAGGGCAAGACAAAUCAUGCAAAGAGAGAGACUUACAAAUCAGCCCAGACAGGAAGCACUCCAAGGACUUUAGUGCAGACAUAAAAGCAGAGCUAGAAGACAACACUGAGUAUCAGCAGUUUAGGAAGACUUCUGAUGGAGGGGUGGAAGGUCACACCUCAGCGGCUGUGGACUCUGACCCUGCCGCAGAGCCAGACCUCGCCAUAGUGUUCUCGCCUGACCUGGCCAAAGAAGAGGUGUUUCUCCCUGAUCGUGGCAUUCAGAAUGGUGCCCUUGAUGAUAGUUCUGACAGCCUCAAGCAUGAGGGUGGGGCUGACUCCCCCAGCAUCAGCUUAGGUGAGGGUACCCCUCAGUUGAGCUCAGAGGAGAGCUACAAGCAUGAAGGCUUAGCAGAGACCCCAGAAACCAGCCCUGAAGGUCUGGUCUUCUCACCCAAGAAGACUGACCAGCCAGUACUCGAGAGGGCUGCAAAAAAUGCAGCUGCUCUGCAUGCAAAAUGUGAGGAGAGGGCUAAGGUGCCUGCCACUCAAGAGAGUAAGGGAGAAGUAAAGGACAGUGUCCCCAAAGAUAAGUCUGAAAGCAUAGCCAUGGAAUCAACUGCCAGAGACUCCGGGAUUGUGUCGUUUGAUGAUCGUUCCGUGGAAAUGACCCUCCCCACCUCCCCCAUGGAGCCGGAUGAUCAGAGCACAAGUGAGUCUGUGUCAGGCCUCAAGGGUGAGGCAAUAUUUUUUGAGGAUGAGCGUGUCUCUGUUGAGAGUGAAAGUGUUUCUGCCUCCUCUAAUCUGCCUAAAGACCAACAGCUCUCAAAGAGGAUCCCUCGCACUGUAGGUGCUUUCCUUAAUGACGAGUUAACCACUGAUGGUCAAGCAUCACCAGUGUCCACUGGCCUGGUGGCUGAAAAGGCAUCCACGUACCAUCACGGCACCUUAGACCUACCCAUCAGACAGCAAGAUUCAGAUGCCCUCAGCCCCUUAGCCGAUGAUUCUCUGCCUAUAAGUCACAAGGACUCUUUGGAAGCUAGUCCACUCAUGGAAGAUAACUCCUCCCAUAAAACCCCUGACUCCAUCGAACCGAGCCCCACAAAGGAGUCCCCCUGUCGUGACUCACUAGAGAGCAGUCCCGUAGAACAGAAAGCCAAAGCAGGCUUCCCUCCGGUCGAAGAGCAGUCCGGGGUAGCCACUGGCCACUCUUUGCCCACUAAGACUGAUUUUCCCCCUGACCCCACACGCAGUAGGCUCCUCAGAGACCAAGAGGGCAGUGUGGACGAUGACAGUUUCGAGCAGACGUCCCAGAUAGAAAGUUCGGGUAAGAGCCCCCUCUCACCAGACACCCCUAGCUCUGAGGAGGUAAGUUAUGAGGUCAACCCCAAAAUACUGGACCUCCAGACCCUUUCACUGCCAUCAAAGCCAUUCGCCAUCCCAGAAGAUGCCGAGGAAGACGAUUCCGAAAGUAGCGAUCCUCAAAAGAAAUUCACCCCAGAGGAAGAGAUGUUUAAAAUGGCUGCAAAAAUUAAAACUUUUGAUGAAAUGGAGCAGGAUGCCAAAAAUAAACAAGAUGGUAGAAAAGUUAUCAAAGCCUCAGACUCUUCAGUAGCUUCUGAGACUGGAGGUGAUAGAGAACAGCUAAUAAGCAUAGAGCUCCCCAAUGAGGGAACCUCUGAGAGUGAGCGUGAGCUUACCAAGUCCAAACAGGACUCAGAAUUAGCUCUUUCCGUUGAAUCCAUUAUUAAAGUACAACCUCCCUCUCCUUUUCCAGCAGGUGUGCAUGAGAGCCCUUUUGUGACUGAAGAAGUCUGCCAAGCAGCUACCAGCAGCACAGCAGGGGGAAAAGAAGCCAAGGGGGGGCCUCAAUCUGUCUCAGAACACGCCUCAACUGCCUGGCAUGUUUUAGACAAGCCAGACUUUCCGCCACACAUAGAAAAAGACAAAUCUGUUCCCAACAGAGGGCUCACCACUGACUGCGCAGAACGGUUACACACACCACCGUCUGUGGAGAUUCGAGUCGAGAAAAAAGAGUGCCACUCGCAGUCGGCCCUUGUGACCUCCUCCCGCACUGACGGGGCAGCAAACAUAACUGACGAGCAGAAGGAAGAGUGCCUGAAAAAGCUGAGGGGAAUCAAAGAGGAUUCUGGGGGAGGAAAGGAUACGGAGGCUGAUGGCACACAGACUCGUGCUGGUGUAGAUAGGCGGGCUGGGAGCAAUGUGACUGAUGAAGUGAAAGGAGAUCACUUGAGUCACUUUGAGGAUUCUGACAAAGGUAAAAGUUCUUCUCCUUUCCUGGUUAAUGUGGGACAGGAACGUGAUGUGUUCAAACCUGAAAUCUGCAUUUACGAUGACACGGAAGAAGAUGAAGAGGAAGAUGACCUGAAGACAAUUGCCCCAAAAACUGAGUCAAAGGGGGUCACAGCAAGGGUAGAGAGAGAUUCUGACCCCUGGAGCUCCAUUCGGGAGGAUGAUGAUGCCUUUGCAGCACGAGUUAAGGAAGAAGAGCAGAAGAUCCUGGGUUUAAUGGUGGAUCGGCAGUCCCAGGGCCCGACACCAGACACCACCCCCGGGAGAACACCCACAGAUGAAGGAACACCGACUGGUGAAUCAAACCCUUUCUUAUUCCAGGAGGGAAAGCUGUUUGAGAUGACCCGAAGUGGUGCAAUUGACAUGACAAAGAGGAACUAUGAAGAAGAAGGCUUUGCCUUCUUCCAACUAGGUGAGCAGCCCAUAGAGGAGGUAGUCUCAGAUGAGGCCAGAGAAGAUGGCGAGGUCACUGAAGCAGAACCAGCAGUUGCCACCAAUCUGUCCUUGGUGAUCAAGGCUGAUGAAGAGCAUGAAGGGGUGAAAGAUGCAACUGAGCCCUCUUGCCUGACAUCUGCCUUAACAGAACAGGAUCAGGUGGUGAGCACAGCUACCUCUGCUACAAUUUCAGAGGCAAAGUCUCAAACCCCCAUUAAAAUGGGGAUUUCAGCUUCGGCUAAGCCCACAAAGAAUGACACCCAAGUUAAGGAAGAGGCAGGAGUUGACCUGGACAAAAAUACAGGGGAGAGUCCCACAGGGGCCGACCUCUGUUCCCCAGAGCCAGUGGUAGCUAUCAUCCAGACAGCCUUCUCGACCAUCACCCGGUCUGUUUACUCCGAGCAGGAGGCAGAGUCAUCUGACUCCUCUCCGGAAGAUCAACACUCAGUUAUUGAGCUCCCAAAGGAAACUACAGCACCUCCUUCUAGUGGCAAAAAGGUGUCAAAAAUCCCCAUUAAGCCAGCCUCCCCAGCCCUCUCCCACACUGCAUCACCCUCAUCAGCCACUCUUCACAAGGCUGCCCCCUCAAGGCAGGAGGAAGCCAAGUCCAAAUCUAGAAUACCAGUCAAAGCCAGCUCACUUAAGCCUGAGCCCGCUGCCGACCCAUUGGUCAGGCGUGCCGAGUCUCUAAAAGACAAAAAGUGUAAGUUGCCUGUAAAGAUGGAACUGAGGAGCAAGUCUGAGACAGAUGCAGGUCCCUCCGGGGAUGCCAAAUCCAAAAGGUCUUCUGUGGCCAAGAGUUAUUGCGAGGGAGAGUCGUCGAAAAAGAACAUUUGCUCAGAGAGUGACGACUCCUCCACCAAGCCAAAGACAUUCCACUCCAGGCUACCAGUUUUGAAUAAACAUGGGCAGCCAAUCCACACCUCCACUCCAGCCAAAGAAAACAAAGAGCAGUUCUUUGAGGCUUACAAGCAUUCAAUUGAGUUUUUUGAGGAAAUAAGCGAUGAGGCAGCGAAGUUAGUGGAAAGGCUGGCACAGGCCGAGAAUGAGCAAGAGGCGGCCGUCUCUGAUGAUGAGAGCAGUACCUUAGACGCCUCUGUCGUAGAGAGUGAGACUUUUCCCGAAAUGCAGUUCCCACUCCCUGAAGACGUCUUUGACAUGAGACCCCUCUGGGACGAUUCUGUGGAGACACAGAUGCAACGAAUUCCCAGUGAAAAUGCCAGAGGCCAAAGUCAAGUAGAUCCACAGGAGGAAGCUGAGCGGAAGGAAGAGAGGUUGGCUGUCAUUGCUGACCACCUAGGCUUCAGCUGGACGGAGCUUGCCCACGAGCUGGAGUUUAGCAAAGACCAGAUCCAUCAGAUAAGAACGGAGAACCCAAAUUCACUGCAGGACCAAAGCCACGCCCUGCUGAAGUACUGGAUGGAAAGAGAGGGAAAGCAUGCCACAGAGAGUACCCUAAUGAAGAGGCUGACAAAGAUAAACCGCAUGGACAUUGUGCACCUCAUCCAAACAAAAAAAAUCAAGUCCAGUCAAGACCAGUCCUCGCGGACAUACGCAGAAAUCGAGAAGACCAUUGCACUGGAUCACAGUGAAGGCUUCUCUGCACUUCAUGAGGACAUCGACAGUCCCAGGCCAGUGCGGCGCUCUGAGGCGUCACCCAGGCAACCAGGAACUGGGCCCCCUGUAGUGUCAGAGGAGGACCUCUCCGCCAGCAUCACGUCCCUCCCAGAGACCACGCCCAGGGGAGACAGCGACAUAUCUGUGACAGAGAUUCUGAGGCACACACAGAAGGAGAAGCUGGAGGCUAACCGACAGACACAUUCAUCAGGCGGUGCAGCCAAGACUACAUCUGAAAAGGUUGGAGCUGAGAAGGGGCCUGUCGGUUCUUGGAAACACGUAUUGCCAGAAUCUGCCAUGGAAAAGCAAUCAAUGUCACCAGAUUCAGAGCAAUUAGAUGUCAGGUUGGGAAAGAUGGAAACUGAUUUGGAUGAAAUACAGGGUCAAAUGCAUCCUUCAUCCUCAGUCUUAGCUGAAACUCCACCUCAAUCAGAGUGGCAGUCACCAGAACUGAGCCAGACCUCCCCUUAUUUCAGUCAAAUGGCCUCUAAAAUAGAUACAACUACUUUAGGAACUUCAUCGGUUUCACUUGGAUUAAUUAUGCCACCUUCAGAGGUGAGUACAGAAUCACUUGUAUCCAGUGAAUCUUCACCUGGGCCAUGUCAGAUCAUACCCAAAUUCCUUACUGCUGCCCCUGAACAGGUCAAAAGUCUUGAGCCGUCGCAGCUACACUCUAAAUCAAGUGAUUCACAACCUGAGUCAAGUCUCAUUUCUCCUGAACCUAUUGGAUUGCUGGAAACACCCUCAGAAUCAGGUCCCGUUUCUCCUGAAUCUCAGAAACCACCAUCAGAAUCAGAUUCUGUUUCUCCUGAAUUUAUUGGAUCUCGGAAAUCACCAUCAGAAUCAAGUCCUGUGUCUCCUGAAUUUAGGAUAACUCCUGAAUCACAUAUGAAAGUACCUGUUCCUGUAUACUUCAGUCUACCCAGCUCAGUCACGUCUUUCAGCACACAUAGAGAGAUAAAGCCUAAUGUACAUGGAUCUUUAUUUUCAGUCAGUCCAAAAUCACUGGAUUCUCACAAACAAUUUGAGCCAACUCCAGCUUCACCCACCUCAGCCAGAACAGAACUACAGUCGCCUGAAUCAUUUAACGUUCUUAAGGGGUUUUUGUCUGAAUUUGAUGAAACAUCUCAUGUUUUACCCCUGCUACACACAACCCAUCCUGCUGAGUCAGCCGGCUUGCAUCCGACUUCCCAGGAUAUCAACAAGAUACCUUCUGAAAAAACACCUUCAAGUGAAAUGCCACCUGGUUUUAUCAGAUCACCCACUGUAUCUAUUAUGUCUGAGGAAGGUAAAUUCUCUCCAACCUCCCAUUUGAGUCAAGUGUCCAAGGACACAUCUGUGCUACAAGAAUAUCCUUCAACUUCUCCUGAUAUCUCUGUAACAUGCCCAGUCACUAAAACUCUUUCUGGGUCAAAAUAUUUGACACCUAAAGAUCUUCAGUCAGUGACUCCAGUAGUGGAUGAGUUGGAGCUUGGAAAAACUAUCCAGAAGCCUUGCAAAUCAUCUUCUGGGUCCACCAUGUUAUAUUUACCUGGAAUGGAAAGUGAUUACCCUGAAUUGAUGCAAGUUUUUGUUGGAUCUGAAACCACUGAAGGAGAACAUAAAUUAGGAGCCUGGGACAUUGAAGCCAUUGAGAAAUCAGACUCAGGGACUAGGCGGAAAGAUAAGGACUCUGCCAGUAUCAGGAAAGAAAACAUAUUAUUCCAGGAAGAGGCCCCUGCCAUGAUAGACAGCAGUUCUGCUGAAGCAUCUCCUGUACUGAAGCCCAAAGCCACCCAUGUGUGCGAAGACUCCGAUGCUGAGUACUUUGACUGCAGGCAGGGGCUGUCUGACUUCUCAGAGGCCGAAACUGAAGAACCGAAAGACACACCUGACACGAUCCAUCACAGCGAGAUACCAUCAUCCCACCAUAGCCCUCAUUUUAGGCACACAGAUGGGUUCCCUGGAAUCACGACUUCAUUCGACUUGAAGCCAGGCGAUGAUAGAAGGCGCCUCCUCUCUACAGGCAGUGAGGAGUAUAGCAGCUCUCCUAUCGUUUUCGAGCCAGACGAGGUGGUAUCGGAUGAGAAAGAGGAGGAAGCCCAGCCCCCCUGCGGGGGUGCUGAGACUAUUUUACAGUCUCUAGAAGAGCUUCCUUCAAGGGAGGAGGCUGAAUAUGAGGAUGAUGAAGAUUCUUUAGGGAGGGAGAUAGCAGAGGAGUUAGGUUUGCUGUCGGAUAGUUCAGAAGAGGAGGUGUUGACCACUAGGGUGGUCCGACGGAGAGUGAUCAUCCAGGCGGACGAGAUGCCAGAGAUCCCCCCGCAGACCGUGACAGAGGAGCAGUACACUGACGAGCAUGGGAACAUGGUGGUGAAGAAGAUCACCAGAAAGGUAAUCCGAAAGUAUGUGUCGGCGGACGGCGUGGAGAAGGAGGAGGUGAUGCUGCAGGGCUCUCAUCAGGAGCUGGUCAGCGUGGAGGAAGGGGAUAACUACUCCAAGGUGGUAAAGAGGACGGUGCUGAGGAGCGAGGGAGACCGAACGGAGGUGACCUUCUCGGAGCCCCUGCCGGUGGGCGAGGCCACAGCCUCGGACUUUGAGGCGGAGCCCGUGCAGGGGCGGAAGGUCAGCAAGGUGGUGAAGACCAUGGUGGUGCAGGGGGAGAGGAUGGAGAAGCACAUGGGCGACCCCACGCUGGCCACCGACCUUCCUUCCGCCAAAGACGACUUCCAAAAGGCCUUGAGUUAUGCAGGAGGCUUUGGAAAAAUGCACCUGCCACAUUUAGUAGAGAAAGAGAUUGUGAAGGAGGACGGAUCGGUCAUCAGAAGGACCCAGAUGCAUAAGACGCGCACGCAGAAGAGGACUGUGGUGAGGGACAUUCAGGGGAAGCAGGUGCUCCUGGAGCUGCUCGAAGAUGUCCCAGAAGCCCUGGGCCCAGACGACCUCCAGCGGCACCUGCACCGCCUGCUCCACCGCUACUGUGCCGAGGAAGAGGAGGAGCAGGAGGAAGAGGAGAGGAGGACGGAGUGACCACUCUGCCCUCUCAACCCCCGCCCCCCACCAACCCCUUAGCAACCCCCUGCCCUUCUUAUUCACACACAUGCACCUCCACCUUACUCCCGUGUUCCCAUCGAAAGACACUGGAUUUUUUUUCUCCUCUCUUCUGGGAGAAGUUGAACACCUCUUUUUUUGGGCUUUUUUCGUUUAAUUUUUAUUUUAACCUUUGUUUUUAUUUCUUUUCCUUUUGUUCUGCUCAUCUUGUGACCAAAGAUUGCUUCCCUUUCCUUGUCAGAUGAUUUAAAAAUUUGUAGAUAUAUUUUUAGUGUUGUUUUUCUGUUUUUUUUUCCCUUUUGGUUGCUGUGAUGGAAAAAAAACCAUGCAAAAUCAAGACAAAAACCAACAACAACAUAAAAUGGUUUUAAAAAAGGAAAUUAGUGAGUGGGGGAACCACAGUAGCCUCAUCCACAGCCCUCUUCUUAAAGGACUCUUGUAAACACUUGUACAUAUACAGUAGUGUACGCGCUUGGACUGAAGAUAAGGAAAUGUUUACUACACUGCCUACCGUAACUGCACACAUGCACACACCUGAGAACAAAAAUCACUGAGCACCAGAUAUAUUUCCUGAGGUCAAAGUUCAAGGGCCCUUGGUGUCGCACCAGUAAUUGGCGGUGUGCACGGGCGCAUUGCAAAAACAUUCGAUCAAGGUAGUCACUGUUGGAGUGUUGUUGUUUGUGGUGUGUAUGCUUUUUGGGUGUGAAAACUUUGAGUGACUCCCUCUGAGCAACGUUGACAAUGAUCACUUGACCGAGACAAAAUUGAAAAACAAAAUUAGCAUGGGAAAGAGAAAUGGAAUGAAUACCAUGGUCUGCUAUGACCCAUUAGCAAGGCUGUAGAUGGCCUCAGUUCAAAGUCUACACGACACCAAUCGAUUAGAAAUACAACGAUGUAAAAAUGUUGAUUUCGUGUUUACAAAUCUAGGUCACAUUGAAGGCUCAGGUGCAGCCCAUUUUAAAUCACAUCAAUGAGAGCUUUGCAUAUGCAUUCUUUCAGUCUAUCUGUCUGUCUGUUUGUCUGUCUAUCAGUGUAUGUCUCUUUCCUCCUUAUGCGUGCCAUGUGUCUACACUUCCCUGUCCUUUUUCUCUGAGCUGCGGCGAGUCUGAGACUGAUCCCUCUGUGUGACAUCACAGGCAUCCUCACAAGACAAUCUGUGUGUGACAUCACAGACACCUCCGCAGACAAUCUGUGUGUGUGACAUCGCAGGCAUCCUCACCGACAAUGUAACCCGCCGCCUGGUACAUGAACGUAGUUAACAGGAAUGUUGUUUUCUCUUCUUUUCCACUGUAUGAGCAUGUGGCAUAUAUACUGUAGGCGUCAUGAUCACUCUCCGGCUUCAUAUCCUCUGUAACACGGAUUGAUCCUUUUCUUUCAACCCAACUCUCUCCUGUUUGUGAUUUUGAUUUGGUUCGAUCCUUCUCACCAGAUGUUGUUUUAAGAUUGACUCAUGAGAGUUUUACUUUCUUUUUUUUUUUUUAAAUCUUUAAGGGAAACAGUGAAUGUUGUUUUGGAGUUUUUUUUUUUUUGUUUUUUUUUUUUGCUGAUGCAAAUGAAAUCUGUAGAGAAAUAAAUAUCUAGAACCACAGGAAAGUGGGACAUGAUUCUUGGACAGGUUCUGAUGAUGUAGAUCAGCAACAAUGUUAGGGCCCUACUCUUUGUAGUAGCUUGCAGAUGCAGAGUUUGUAGGGGUGUUUGGCCGUUCGUUUUUUAUCAUUGCCCUUGCAGAAAUAUGUAAUCACAUUUACAACUAAUAAUUCAGUGCGGAGGCAUUGCUGUCUGUCCAUUCAUCUGGCUGAAUGCGUACACCCUGCUGUCUGUUAAAGUGCCAGGCCGAGAAUAGGAGGCUGAGCUUAAGUGUGUGUCUGUGUGAAUGUACAGCUCUUCUGACUUUAUCACAGCCGACUUCAGCACAAUGGUUCGGCAUGAGCAGAUAAACUGAGACUCUUUGGUCUUUGGCCUGGUAGCUUAGGAGGAGAAUUGGUGACUUUUUCCCUCUUUUCUCCACGGCCUUUCAUUUUUCAGUGGGGAAUCUGAGUUUCAAUUUCACAGCGAUGACAUGGGUAGACAAGACCGAUAGGGAGUUCAUUGACUUUUGGGGAAAACAUGGCAGGAUGUCACAUGAUUGAAGUACAGUAUGUAGGGCAGUAAGGAUGGAUGGUUUUGUGGACAGACCGAGUAAAAGAAUAGCUAAACUCAAACCUGGAUUGUUAUUUAAUAAAUUACUAACAAAAGAUGAGCUACUAUGAAGCUGGCAUAUUUUGUGAUAAUGAUUCAUUUGUAGCGGGGGAAUCCAUUAGUGACAAUCAGUGUAUGUCUGUAUGAGUUUUUUCCAUUUGCUGGAUCGAUGAAUACCAAUAAAUCCCAAACAUCUUUUAUCUAAAAGGCAACACAGGCACAUUUUCAGAAAGUGCAUUGGCGUGUACAGUUGCUUUUAUAUGUCUUUGAACAAAGAAGUUCAUUAAAAAAUAUACUAAGCUCACUUUGAACAAUAGCAUGACGACUACUGAAUAGAUUUUUACCUUACAAUUAUAAACAUUUAAACUCAUAGUCUUUCCUAAAUAAAAGUCUUAAAUAUGCUUUUGUGGACAUUCUGGCUGUGGCACACGCUUAAGCUGUUUUACUAUACUGCUCUGUAGGAAAAUACUAACAUUUUGGUGAUUCAACAUAUGAUAUAAUAAAAAAACUUAUGGCAAAGUAAUACAUUUUCUAUUGCAGAAAUGCCACUUUUGUAAAUUGGUGUACUUGUCAGUGACACAGUUGUUUUGGUGUGUAGUCAGGUGUAGGAUCACAAGAAAGAAUGAUGAAGGUAGUCCUGGGUUUAUUUUAUGACAAGAAUUAGAGUAUUUUGUUGAAGGGGUUAAAGGUUGUGAUACAGUGAUAUUUUUUUGAAAAGCUUUUGCAGAUUUUCAGUUCCCUUUGUAGGAUGUCUCAGUCCCAUUUGUGACGCAUAAUUCAGGAUUGUUCUGGAAGGCUGGUUUUAAUCUCAUUCUGUGUGUGUUCUAGAGGCAUUGUCCACAUUGCUUGGUCUUUGAGAUACAGGUACAGGUUGUCAAGGUAAACACUUUUAUAAAUUUAGUGACGGGAGAAUCAUUCUCCCAGCUGAAUUUGGCUCAGAUAAUGUCAGUUCUGUACUUUUUUCAUGAGUGUAACCCUCCUUCAUUCUUGACCUGCACUUUAUACAGAAAUGUGUUGUACGUGUGCAGGCCUUUACAUUGAUUGCAGGUUGAUAAAACAAGGGAAUCGGUUUUAGCUGUCUCCUCCUUUAAGGCUGUUAUUUCAUCCUUUCUUUUUAAUUAAUUUAUUGAUCUCCUUUGUUGCCUGUUGUCUUCUCGGAAGUGUGAAGCCACAUAUUUUUGUGUGCGGUGUGUGUGUGUGUGUGUGUGUGUGUGUGUGUGUGUGUGUGUGGGUGUGUCUGUUGGUGUAAGGAAAGGGAACUUUUACAUUUGACUGGUGAAAGUUUCUAUAGAACACAGUGCUUCUCUGAAUUUAGAUAUGCUUCCACAUUCUGGAAACUCGUACCAGAAAACCAGGACAGUCUCCACACAGGUUUAAUCAACUAAUAGCAACAACAAAAACAACAGCAAAAAGAUUUACAUGGGUGUUAUCUCGGGCGAGCUCAAAGUAUCUGUGAUGUUCUUUGCAGUGCAGACUAUAUCUAUGUAAUGAUAUUAUGGUUUUUCACAUAACUGUUUACUUUGAGUGUAAUCGAACAAAAAAAAAGAAGAUGAAAAAAUUGAGACCUGUCAAAAGUAAACUUUUAAUUUGAUGAAUCAGCAUCUUGUUUCCAUGGUGAUAACAAUUAUAUACAUAUAUAAAUAUCUAUUGAGGGCAUGUAUUAGUUAUUAAAUGAAUUUUAAAAACGAACAUUAAAACACUAACGACGCAUAGCAGCUGCAGUGUGUACAUGGCUGAUUGAUAAUAAACUGUACGAGUGUUAAAUGUA